AAAAAAGCAUGCCAUUUAGCACUCUGUCCUGAUAGCUACAGAAGACACCGAGAAGCCGCACUGUAACAAUGACGACUACUUCAGGUGACAGCUGGCCUUGCUCCUCCAAUGGAAUGCACUUUAAAAGUAAUUACAGUGACCAAGCUUCACAAAAUUUUUCAGGAGUGCUGAAUGUCACUAGCUGUCCAAUGGAUGAAAAAUUACUGUCUACUGUGUUAACAACCUUCUACUCUGUUAUAUUCAUCGUGGGACUAGUUGGAAACAUCAUCGCCCUCUACGUAUUUCUGGGCAUCCACCGCAAAAGAAAUUCCAUUCAAAUUUAUCUACUUAAUGUGGCCAUUGCAGACCUUCUACUCAUCUUCUGCCUCCCUUUCCGCAUAAUGUAUCACAUCAACCAAAAUACGUGGACACUAGGUGUGAUUCUUUGCAAGGUUGUGGGGACACUAUUUUACAUGAACAUGUACAUUAGCAUUAUUUUGCUUGGGUUUAUCAGUUUGGAUCGCUAUGUAAAAAUUAAUCGGUCUAUACACCAAAGAAGAGCAAUAACUACCAGGCAAAGUAUUUAUGUUUGCUGUAUAGUAUGGGCCAUUGCUCUUGCUGGAUUUUUAACUAUGAUCAUUUUGACGCUGAAGAAGGGAGGGCACAAUUCCACAAUGUGUUUCCAUUACAGAGAUAGGCAUAAUGCAAAGGGAGAAGCAAUUUUUAACUUUGUUCUCGUGGUAAUGUUCUGGCUAAUUUUCCUACUGAUAAUCCUCUCAUAUAUUAAGAUUGGCAAAAAUCUACUGAGAAUUUCUAAAAGGAGGUCAAAAUUUCCUAAUUCUGGCAAAUACGCUACAACCGCCCGGAACUCCUUUAUUGUACUGAUCAUUUUUACUAUAUGUUUUGUGCCUUAUCAUGCCUUUCGAUUCAUCUACAUUUCUUCACAGCUAAAUGUGUCUUCUUGCCACUGGAAGGAAAUCAUUCACAAAACCAAUGAGAUCAUGCUGGUUCUCUCUUCUUUCAACAGCUGCUUAGAUCCAGUCAUGUAUUUCCUGAUGUCCAGUAAUAUUCGCAAAAUCAUGUGUCAACUUCUUUUUAGAAGAUUUCAAAGUGAAACAAGCAGAAGUGAAAGCACUUCAGAAUUUAAGCCAGGAUAUUCCCUGCAUGAUCUAUCUGUGACAGCCAAAAUACAGUACAGUCCUCAGGGUAAUUGAGGCAAAUGUGCUGAAAUGAAUGACAUAAGCCAGCCUCUUCAUUCUUUGAGAUUGGUAAAAUUAUGGGACAAAGCCCUAGCAUGUCAC